UUAUUUACAUAUUUCUACAUAUAUAUUCCUACACUUUUUACAUUUGUGAACAACAUAGAAAAUUCGACUCACAGGGAAACCAAAAGUGCUGUUUCUCAGCUGUGACUCAUCAGACACGCAGGUGCGACGUUGUCCGGAAAGGGGCGGGCCUUACGCGUCAGGUGGGCGUGGUGACGACAGGUGAAGGCUCCAGAUCAGCGCCUGCCUCCACAGUUCAGAGUGGAGUCCGGAGGAAAAGACGGGAAGCUCCGAGGGUCGUGAUUUAAAGCCACAGCCAGACUGACCGCAGAGCUCGGUCAGCGGAGAACCAGGAAGAGCAGCAGAAGCUCACAAGAGGACAUUUUCUGUGGACUUUUCCGUCCCUCUGAGGAGAUUACUGACCUUUUCAGGACGUCUGAUAGGCCCCCACUGCUGCCUGUAGGGGGUUCCCUGUGUGUAUGUGUGUGUGAUGGCGGUGUCUCAGCUUCCUGACUCCGGAGAACACAGUAACAACAGCAGCUACCAGCACGUUGAAGUGACGGUCACAGACAGUCCCCACAUGCAGACCACGUCCUCCAGACUGACCCACCCUUCACAGGACAUGCAAGACAAUGGCCAGCAAGGCAACGGCAGGUCCUCCCGGUUGUCCCGAGGCUUUGCGAAAGUCUUGCGUAAGAACCAGGAUUACAUCCGGAUCCGUGUUCCGGAGUCCAGGCUAGACCAGCUGCCACCGGAGUGGUGGAAAACAGGAUUGAGCUUCAUGUGGGCGGGGUUUAACCUGUUCUGCACCACCGUCAUGAUCACCGUGGUCAACGACAGGGUCCCCGAUAAGUCGGUGAACCCACCACUGCCGGAUAAGUUCUUCGACUACGUGCCCCGCGUAGAGUGGGCCUUCACCAUCACUGAGGUCAACGGCAUGAUCCUGGUCAUGGCCUGGUUCGUCCAGUGGCUCCUUCUCAAACACAAAUCCAUCAUUGGCCGGAGGUUUUUCUUCCUGAUGGGGACUCUGUAUCUGUACCGCAUCAUCACCAUGUACAUCACCACACUGCCUGUUCCCAGCAUGCACAUGAACUGCGCUCCGAAGCUCUAUGAUGACCCUAUAGGUAAAGUCCACCGUGUUCUGCAGUUGUUGUCUGGAGGAGGUCUGUCCAUCACUGGUUCUCAUAUGAUGUGUGGAGAUUUCCUUUACAGCGGACACACCGUCAUGCUCACGCUCACCUUCCUCUUCAUCAGAGAGUACUCCCCCCGCUCCUUGUGGUGGUAUCACCUGAUCUGCUGGUUUCUAAGCGCAGUGGGCGUGGUCUGCAUCCUGCUGGCUCACGAGCACUACAGUGUGGAUGUGAUUGUGGCCUAUUUCAUCACAACCCGACUCUUCUGGUGGUACCACACCUUGGCCAACAACCAGUCUCUGAGAGACUCUCCUCACAACUAUUUCAACAGAGUGUGGUGGAGGUUCUUCUUCAGGUUCAUGGAGAGGAACGUUACAACCACGGUUCCUUGCACGUUCUCCUGGCCUUUACCGCUCCCCGCAACCUGCUCCAAAAACCCCUGCAGGAGAUACUCCAUAGUCCAGAGCGUCCGUGAAGAAGCAGAUGGGGAAAAAAACCGCUUCCUAUUGUGCGAGAGAUCAGAUUAUGGCUGUUCCCAGAUCUCGGACUCUGCUGUAGAGGCUGAAGUGUGUUUUAUCUGAAUUCUGAGCUGCGUGUGUGGAUUUGUGUUCGUGCUCCUCAGUCCUGAUCUGUGUUUACCGCUAACGACGCUGGAGACCGGUCAGUCAGUCAUUCACUGACGUUACCGGCUCUUUAUCACCGUGUACUGUGUUCAUUUCUCUUUAGUGAUCCGUUGCCUUCAGCUGUGUUUAAUAUUAAUGUUGUGUUUGUGUUGAAUAAUAAACUAUUUUUGUAUGAAGUCA